GGAUCAGCACCGCCUCUAUCAGCAAAUUAAGGCUGGGGCCUAUGAUUUCCCAUCCCCAGAGUGGGACACUGUAACUCCUGAGGCCAAAGAUCUUAUCAACAAGAUGUUAACCAUCAAUCCCAGUAAACGCAUCACUGCUGCAGAGGCCCUCAAACACCCCUGGAUCUGCCAACGGUCCACUGUAGCCUCCAUGAUGCACAGGCAGGAGACUGUGGAGUGCCUGAAGAAAUUCAACGCCAGGAGAAAACUCAAGGGAGCCAUAUUGACCACUUUGCUGGUCACAAGAAACUUCUCAGCAGCCAAGAGUUUGCUGAACAAGAAGUCAGACGGCGUUAAGGUCAACAACAAAGCCAACACAGUGACCAGUCCUAAAGACACUGGCCCUGCCCCUGCACUGGAACCACAGACAACUGUGAUUCACAAUCCAGUGGAUGGAAACAAGGAGUCUAUUGAGAGUGCCAACACUACCAUAGAGGAUGAAGAUGUAAAAGCCUGCACCAAUAACAAUAAAGCUCGCAAACAGGAGAUAAUAAAAGUUACUGAGCAGUUGAUUGAGUCUAUCAACAAUGGAGACUUUGAGGCAUAUGCGAAGAUUUGUGAUCCUGGUCUGACUUCCUUUGAGCCUGAAGCCUUGGGCAAUCUGGUGGAAGGACAUGACUUCCAUCGCUUUUACUUUGAGAAUGCCCUGUCCAAAGGGAAUAAGCCGGUGCACACCAUCCUCUUGAAUCCACACGUGCACCUAAUUGGGGAAAACGCAGCGUGUAUUGCCUAUAUUCGACUGACCCAGUACAUGGAUAGCAGUGGCAUGCCCCGCACCAUGCAGUCUGAGGAGACCCGUGUGUGGCAUCGCCGUGAUGGCAAGUGGCAGAACAUCCACUUCCACCGCUCCGGCUCACCCAGCAUCCCCUCCCAUUAAUGGAAUAUCAAUAUGUGGUCAAAAAAAGAAAAAAAAAAUCCCAUCAGCAAAUCUAGUAGGGCAGUCAACUAGCCAACCCAUGACUGCUCUCUGACCUUUGACCCUUCUAUAAGGACAUGACAUCGCACAGGACACAAGUAUUAAUACAUUUUACUGUUAUGGCAUUUUAUUAAUGGACAUCAUUCGAAACCACCAUCGGGUGGCUGCACACCGUAUUUGGACAUUAUGAAACAAGCAUAUUGACAACAUUUUUUUUCUGUUUGUUUUUUAAGAUGUUUUGGUAUGCAUUUUAAAUAUAAAAUAGAGAUGUUUAAAAAUCUACUACUGUAACCUCUCCCAAAAAUUUGUUCUGUAUUUUUAUGUGUAUUUAUGUGUGUGCAAUACAAAAACAUUUGGAAGAUCAGAAUGUUAAAAUUGAGCUUGCUUUAGUUCUGGUGAUGUAUAUACAUUGUGAUUGUUGAUAAAAACAAAAACCAACAUUGAAAUUGCUAUUCUUGCUAUCAGAGGAAUUAAGAGUUUACGUAAAAUCCAGUUUAUGAGCUACAUUUAUGUUUGCUAUGAGCUAAGUCAUACUGUUUGAAUUGUCCGAUUUCAACCUAUAAUACUAAUUUAAAUGUAAAGAAAAGCAGAGCAGCUUACACUUUGCAUUGAGGUAUGUUUGCCUUUAUAUCAGUGAAAUAAGAAAUAAGAGAAUGUAGCAUAUAUGUAAUAUAUGAAAAUUCAAGCCUAUUGUGUAGUGCAUGGGGGGGGUAUUGUGAGUAAGAUCAUAUGAAACUAUAAUAUCUUCUGUUUGAUUUGUGAAUCACUGACUUGUUUGUUUGCAUUUGUUAAUGUUGUGCAUCAGUCCUGUCCCAGAUGUUUCUAAUGUCCUCUAAUAUCAUGGAACUGCUGUAAAAACAAUAACAGUUAUGGUUGACAUCCAGAAUAAAUAUCAAAACCUCAUAUCUCAGAGGAGGAAAAAUAAACUCCUGGUUGCAGAAGCACCCCUUACAUUUUGUAUAAAAAUGAGAAGAAAAUAAGCUCAUUUUUCAUACUGUUUGUACUUGUACUGUAUGACUGUAUGUAGGGUUUCUGUUCUCAUUUUAUUCUUGUCAUUUCCAGUGUGUUACUUUGCCAGUUGCACAGAGAAGGUGGAGAUGAUGAAGAUGGAGCAAAGGCACUAUAGUCUCUAUCUUUAGUCAGUUGAAGUGUCAACCUGAUGGUUGGGCCAAUAAGUCUGGAAGCGUCGUAAAAGCAUUGGAUUGCAGUCAUACAAGAGUAUGGUGAGAGGACAGUGAAAGAGGGAGUCAAAUGAGAGUUGGACUGUAAUACAUGUUGGGAUGUCUUCCUUGACGAUCAGUGCUUCUACCAGCCAGUGGUCUCCUUACCACUGCAGGACAAUGCCAGUGUCUCUCUCAUCCUUACUGUUUGCUCUUUUCAAUUGGUUUGUCUCUUCUUUUUUAAGGGGAAAAUAUGAUAUUAAUUUCUUUUGACGAAACGUAUGAUGUCAAUGCAAUGCACCACUCCUUGUAUGGUGUGUACCUGUUGCCAGCACGGCAAUGGAUGGCUUAACAUGUUUAAGAAAUAAAUAAAUCAGCUAAAAGGUGUGAUAAUGAA